AUGGUGGUCAAAUCAAACGAAGAUGGGGUAUUGACAGGGGUUCCCACUUCGAAAAGGGGGCUUAGAAUCAGUCACAUUUUCUUUGUGGAUGACAGCCUCUUGUUUUGCAAAGCUAGCAUGGUAGAAUGGCAUUCUCUGACGGAGGUGUUACGAAGGUAUGAGCUGGCUUCGGGUCAACAUCUCAACACUAACAAGACCUCCAUAUAUUUUAGUAGCAAUACUUUGACAGAGAGCAAGGUCGCAAUUUUGGAAGAAGCAGGUAUCCCGGCUACGCAAAGGUAUGACACUUAUUUGGGAUUACCGGCAUUGGUGGGGAAAUCCCGUACGGCCGCGUUCCGGGGUAUUAUUGAUAGGGUGCGGAAACGUCUGCAGGAUUGGAAACUAAAGUUCCUAUCACAGGCCGGAAAAGAGAUUUUACUUAAAGCGGUGAUUCAUGCUAUCCCCACAUAUUGCAUGAGCAUCUUCCUUCUUCCAAAAGCUUUAUGUGUUGAAAUAAAUACAUAUAUACGGAAAUUCUGGUGGGGACAAUAUGGGAAAGAAGAUGGGAUUAAUUGGAUGAGUUGGAGUCGCAUGGGUAAUUCUAAAUCUUCCGGGGGGAUGGGCUUCUGCAACUUCACUUGUUUUAAUAAAGCGAUUUUGGCAAAGCAAAGCUGCAGACUUUGGAAUAACCCGGAUAGUUUAGUGGCCCAAGUGAUGAAGGGAAAAUACUACUCGGAUACGUCAGUCUUGGAGGCAAUAGUUGGACGACGACCCUCGUUCGCUUGGCAUAGUAUACACAGCUCUUGCGCUCUUCUUCAGGAAGGGUCGAUGUGGAGGGUGGGGAAUGGUUCCACAAUAAGGAUCUGGAAAGACCUUUGGCUUCCCAUCAAUAGCACUGGUCGGAUGAGUUCACCGCCGGCUAUCCUACAUCCUAAUGCUACCGUUAGUGAGCUGCUAGACGGGGAGUCAAAGUGGUGGAAUUACCAACUCUUGGCUUCAAUAUUUGCUCCAGAAGUAGUUCAACUGAUUUUGAAAAUCCCUUCGAGCUGUACCAACCAACCAGAUACACUUAUCUAG